AUGGCAGAAGUGAAGUCAAUGUUCCGGGAAUUUCUUCCCAAACAAGGGCAGUUGCCCGUGGAAGGUGUAACCACUAUGGUGCUGUGUAAAUCCAAACUUGCACCCUUAAAAUCUCUGACCCUGGAAAAACUGGAAAAAAUUCAGCAAGCCACACAGGAUACAAUUUGCCAACAAGAAAUGGCAGAGAAAGAACACCAGCAAAUAACCGACUGA